AUGACCACAUCGCCUCAACUCGAGAACUUCAAGACUACCGACUUCUGGUUUUCUGACGGAAACGUUCUUCUAUUCGUUGGGGAUAUCGCGUUCAAGGUACAUCAGGGCCAGCUCGUGCGCCACUCAGAUGUUUUCCGCGAUAUGUUCUCUCUUCCUCAACCGGUCUCUGAGACCAUCGACGGUAUCCCCUGGGUUCACCUUCACGACGACCCGUCCGACGUUCUACACCUCCUGCGUGCACUUUACGACGGGCUAUACUUCAAGAAGCCCACCGCCGGCGAUUUCUGCGCGAUCUCCGCCGUCUUGCGGAUGUCGUCGAAGUACCUGAUUGACCACCUUCGCGAGCGGUGUCUGGCGCGCCUUGAGGCUGAUUGGCCGACGACGUUGCUCGGCUGGGACAAGCGCGAACAACAAGCCACGGUGGACACGCGAUACAACCCUCGUGAGCACUUCCCACACCCCGUGCUCGUCAUCCAGCUCGCGCAGGAGCUUGGUCUCGAUGAAGUCCUCGCAAGCGCGUUCUACGACCUCUGCCGCUACGGCCCGCGCAAGAUCGCUAUCGGUGCAUCCGUGGGCCCCGCAUUGUUCCCUCACAAGGCCCGCACACAAGCCCAGGCCUCGGCUCAGCCCAAAUGCAGCCCCGCGAACCCGCACGGUACCGUCCAGUUGCGGCUCGAGAAGCCACAUCUCCACGCGACGUUUCUUGGGCGCGAGGCUGGCCAGCGCUUCCUCGCGGACUUCAUCCAGCGCGAGCUGCACGGGCGGGCGAUCUCGGACAACUGCGCAAACAAGAGCCACGCGAACGGGCACCAUUGCCGCGAGUCAUACUACUUCAUCAUGCUCAACCUCCUCCGCGCCGUGAGCGGGAUCGCGACGGGCCGCGACGCGGACCCGCUCUUCUCGCUGUCGCAGGCGGUCGAGAUGCUCUCGAGGACGGACUUCUCAGAUGGGACGCGCCAGUGCGGGCUCAGGAUAUGCGCGUCGUGCAAGGAGGACUUCUCGUUUGUGGUCGGGAGGGCGCGGAAGGAGGCUUGGGACUUGAUACCGGAAUGGUUCGGGCUGCGCGAGAAGAGCGACUCGAUAUAA